AUGCUCUCCCUGUCCGCUGCCGUUGGCGCCGCACCGACGAAUGUGUUUGAGAAGCGCGCGGAUAUGUGCGGACAGUGGGAUAAUGUUGUUUCUGGGACUUAUACUUUGUAUAAUAACCUCUGGGGCAGAGAUGCCGCGACGUCAGGCUCGCAGUGCACUACGCUCGACGGACUGAGCGGCAGCAACUUGAAGUGGCACACGAAAUGGUCAUGGGCCGGAGGACAAUACAACGUAAAGUCCUACGCCAACGCCGUCACCACCAUCACCAAGAAACCCCUCUCGCAAUUCACCUCCCUCGCCUCGACCUGGAAAUGGACAUACACCGGGACCUCCCUCGUCGCCAACGUCGCCUACGACCUCUUCACGUCCUCCACCGCCUCAGGCAACGCAGAGUACGAAAUCAUGAUCUGGCUCGGCGCGCUCGGCGGCGCGGGUCCCAUCUCCUCGUCCGGUUCCCCCAUCGCGACGCCCACUGUCGCCGGCAAGAGCUGGAAGCUGUACAAUGGACCAAAUGGGCAGAUGAACGUGUUCAGCUUUGUUCCCGCGAGUGGCAACGUGAGCGAUUUCAGUGGCGAUUUGCUGGCGUUUGUGGAUUAUUUGAGCAAGAAUCAUGGGUUGAGCAAGACGCAGAUCUUGCAGAGUGCGGGUGCCGGUACGGAGCCGUUUGUUGGGUCGAAUGCGGUGUUUACUACUACGCAGUACAGCUUGGUUGCGAAAUAG